AUUCUCCCACAGGCUUCGCUAAUAUACUUCCUAACCAAGGCAAACGAUGGACUGGAUUUUGGUGUUCUGAUGACAAAAAAACUAGAAACAGGUAUAUUGCUAAGUGUAAAUAUUGUUUGGUUGAGCUUGAAGUUACGGAAAGAGCAAACUACCUUAAAGAAGCUUCUAAACAAGCGAUUCCAGAACGUAAGAGAAUUAAAUAUGGCCAAGAUACUAUUAUAGCUGAAGAAACUGAUGAUGAUCAAGAAGAGACUUAUAACUCAAGUAAUUAG